AUGCGCUUCUAUGCCGUCGCCCUCCUUCUACAGAGUGUUAGAUUCUCUGUCGCAAAUCUCGCUCAUUAUCAACUAGCUGAUAUUAAUGACUCCCAAAAAAGGUUCAAUUGUUACGAUCAGAUUUUUGGUUACCGUGGUCUAAGAGGCGAUCAUCAGGAUGCCUAUGAGAAACUAAGGCAAGGCUUGCUGACCGAAAUUACGAUUCCACAAAUCGAAUCAAAAAUCAGGAAUUUGCCGCAUGGAAGCAAAGUGAUGUACAAAAGUUCCGAGCAGGGUGUCAGAUACUAUGAGCAUUCAACAGAGGGUGAUGGAGAUGAAAACUAUUUUUACACUUACGUACUUAUUAUCGACUCACGUGGCCAUUUAUCUGCCAUUUUGGGGAAGCAUAUCACAGUCAACAUUCAUUCACCGAGCCCUAGAGUAGUUGAAACUUUUUGUACCAUAGUACAAUGA